AACCUGUCAGAACAUGAGCACAGCUGGAGGCCAGACAAACAAACUCAGCAGCUGAAUCAAACACUGGUGAGAACGACCCAGGAUAUUUGUUGAGUUUUAGCAAGGAAGCACAGGACGCAGCACAGCAGUGAGUUUCAGCAGUGGAGGGAAGCUUCCCGAAAAGCUGUACUGACAAUUCAGUAGCAAUACUUGUACAAGUAAAAAGUAGCGAUCCAAGACAGAUCUUCGAUGGACAGACGUACCAAGGCAGUUCAGAGAAAUCAGUGAAAGCUACAGUCAAGCUUUUGGACUGAGAGGAAGCCAGAGUUCCCAGAGGACAAACAGAAAAUGCAACCUUUGUUUUCAUGUAAUCAGCUGCCAUCCUGCAGUUCAAUCAAUCAGUGAAUUUAUAAAGACAAAAGUUAAAAAAAAGGAUUUAUAUUUUUUCACAAUUCAAGAAUAAUUUCUAGGCUGUAAUUUUUCAUUACAGAGUUUCUUUCAAUAUUAUGCUGAGUGAAGAAGUCGUGAACCAGACCUGAUAUUUAACAGAGACGGUUCCCUCUCAGUUGUUUGGGAACAGUUUGCAUCUGCUGCUUUUUGUGUUUGUGUUCUACAACCUUUGUUGGGACGAUGUUCACAUUGUUCUGUUGAAGUCCUUGCAAAGUUGCAGCGUGUUGAAAUACUUAUUUUCUUCAGUGUGUGUUGUUGAUUGAAGUCAGUGAUAGUCAAACCAGACCAUUCUACUUGUACAAUAGUAAAUACAUUAAAAUGUCCUCUAGAGUUUCAUCCUGUUCCACUGAACCAGUGGAACAGGAUGAAUAUUUUUGUCUUUAGGAACCGUUCAGGCCUGAAGCUGGAGCCUCAGCUUACUGCUUAUUAAAGGAGAGAAGAACCUUCAGCUCUCACUGAAAUGGUGCUGGAAAAUUCAUUGUUUAUGCCUCCAUAAUUAUAAAGAUAAUAAAGCACAUAAGAAAAAUGUUGGUGAAGAUUCUCAGUGAUCCUGAACAUUAUAAUUUUGAGAUUUGUGUAUGAAGGAAACUGAACUUCUCUUGUUAACUUGGAGACGUUUCCCUUCUCAUCCAAAAGACUUCUUCAGUUCUGAAAUUCAGGUUGGGAGAAUCAAAUUUAUAGGAUGUAAUCAGGAAUGAUCACUGAUGGAGGAAUAUCUAAUAUCUAUUGUUGUCCCCAAUGAGAACCUAAGCCUUCAGGGUUAUUAGACUGGCCAGGGUCUCGUGACCUUGAUGGUCUCAUUAGUAUCUAGGAAAAAAUACCAACUUAUACUGAUAAUGAAAUGAAACAGAUUUGAUUUUAUUUUCAUUUUAUCCAUUAGUCUUUGAGGCCUGAGGUGUCAGCCAUGUUUAAUUUUGCCCUUAACUCAUUCUGCAUUUCAUUGUUAUGAAUUAUACUUUAUUACUUGGUGGCACGUAUGAAACGCGUGGAAACAAACCCAAGUGCCUGAACGAAUGACUACCUCAUCUCAUGCGCAGAACAAGAACUACGGCAUCUCUAAAAGCCCAAUAUUACUGUGUGGACAGUCAAUAUUCGACAGUUAAGCUAAAUGAAAGAUAAAUACUUCAUAGUACAAACCACGUAGUGAAAAUAGCAUUAUAAAUCAUUUGAUAAUUAUAUAUUAUUUUUCCAUAAUGACAGGUGAAGCUCUGCCUCCCCUGACCUCACCUCACUGCAUGUGAUUGGCUGAUUUGAUAUUUGUGUUAAUGAGCAGCUGGACAGGUGUACCUAAUAAAGUGGCCAGUGAGUGUAUACUGAAUACAGAAUACAGAACCUAAACCUAAAAAAUCUGAAAAUAUAGAAAUAGAUUAAAGGUGUGAAAAAAGAAUUUCAGAUGUCUGAAUCUCAUAAAACUCUACAGUGAGAGCAUGUUUAUGCUAUAGCAUGUCUAGUAUAGAAAAUGCUUGGAUGGAUAUCUAUUCCUCAACCUUCCACACAUUCAGCAUAUUUUAAUUAUAUUAUCUCUGACCGCAUGCAAGGCAGUGAAAAUCUUUAAUUUUCACAGAAUUAAUAACAUUCUGCAAUAAAAAGUCGUGUUUAGUCUGUAUAAACUGCUGUCCAGCCUUAUUUUCUUGUAUCACAAACAGAUUUUGUUUCACUGUGUUUUAUGCUUUUGUUCAGAGUGAAGAUGAAGAAAGAAGACAUCUUGAACACUUUGGAAGAAUUAAGUCAGGAAGAGUUUGAUAAAUUCAGGUGGUUCCUGCAACAACCUGAGACUCUUCCUGAACACAGAGCAAUCAAGAAAAAACACCUGACCCUCGACAUUGUGGACUUGAUGAUGCAGACUUACACACUUGAUCGAUGCAGGGAGAUGUUCUUCACGGUUUUAAAGAAAAUUUUAAAAAAUGACCUGCGGAACAGAUUGUUAAAAGAUUGGAUGGGGGAGACGGAGGCUGAAGUUCAGGAGAUGAUCCAGGAGAGACGACUGAAGAUCCAGGAGAUCAGAGAGUCGGUGAAGAUCAGUAAAGAUGCUGCAGACAGAGAGAAAGCAGAAGGUGUUCAGGUCUUCACAGCUCUGAUAGAGUCUGCUGAGAGAGGCCUGAAGGAGCUCCUCAAGGAGAUCCAAGACAAACAGGAAACUACAGAGAAAGAGGCUGAAGACUUCAUCAGAGAUCUGGAACAGGAGAUCUCUGAGCUGAAGAAGAGGAGCUCUGAGGUCAAGCAGCUCUCACAGGAUGAAGAUCACCUCCACCUCCUCCAAAGAUUCUCCUCCCUGAAAGAUGCUCCACCCACCAAGACCUGGACAGAGGUCAGAGUUCAUCCACCAUUAUAUGAGGAGACUGUGGUGAGAGCUCUGGCUCUGUUUGAGCAGAAUAAGGAGAAGAUAUUGGAGAUGAAGAGGAUCCAGCAGUUUGCAGUGGAUGUGACUCUGGAUCCUGAUACGGCUCAUCCUAACCUCAUCCUGUCUGAUGAUGGAAAACAAGUGAAACAUGGAGAUGUGAAGAAGAAACUUCUAGACAAUCCAGAGAGAUUUUCUCUGUUUCCUAAUGUUUUAGGACAGCAGAGUUUCUCUUCAGGCAGAUUUUACUUUGAGGUUCAAGUUAAAGGAAAAACUAAAUGGACUUUAGGAGUGGCCAGAGAAUCUGUUGACAGGAAGGGAGACACCAUUCUCAGGCCUCAGAACGGUUUCUGGGCUGUUGGGUUGAGAAAUGGAUAUGAGUACUUAGCUUUUGUUGGAUCUCUAAUCCGUCUCCAUCUCCAUCCUGGUCCUCAGAAGGUGGGGGUGUUUGUGGAUUAUGAGGAGGGUCUGGUCUCCUUCUAUGAUGUAGAUGCUGCAGCUCUGAUCUACUCCUUUACUGGCUGCUGCUUCAAGGAAAAACUCUACCCAUACUUUGGUCCUGGCCUUAAUGAUGGAGGUAAAAACUCUGCUCCUCUGAUCAUCUGUCCUGUUGACCAGGCGGGUUGUUGAUCUGAUGAAUCUCCAUGAAGAAUCAAUCUGAGACUCUGCAGUAAAAUCCUAAUAUGAUCACCUGAUUAGCUCAGCUUUAAAUUAAGCUCCUCUCAUAUCCUCAGAUCUUACAUCCAUCUAGAACUUCCUUUAUAUAUUAUUUAUAAAAGUACUUAUGAUCAGAGAGAAAACAUAAAA